CAGCGUCCUGUCACCACAAAGUCAGCCUCAGCCUCGAGCCUUGAGCGAGCCCUUCCCAGGUGUCAGGAUGAAGAGAUUAACUUGGGGUGACACCGAGGCUGCCAACUGGUCACAGAUAAGAUAAGAGUGAAGAUCAGCACAAUAAAUAGGUUCCAGCCUCCCUGUCAGCCCAGCCCACACUUGGCUGUGGUCACAUAGCUCACAGGCAGCAUGGCUGUUCCUCUGUGGUUGGUCACCCUGACCUUGGUUCCCCUCCUUGCCAUGGACAGGGAGCUGCCGGUGUCAGCGGGGAAGCUUGCUCUCUCCAGAAUGCCCAUCUGUGAGCACAUGGCCGAGCUUCCAAAUUGUCCCCAGACACCUAACCCGAUCUGUGGCACGGAUGGGGUCACAUACGAAAAUGAAUGCCACCUCUGCGUGACCCGGAUGAAAACCAAAAAGGACAUUCAGAUCCUGAAGGAUGGGACAUGCUGAGCCAGGAGGUGCACUCGAGUCGUGGGACUUCAAGCUGGAGCCCAGUGAUGCUCCAGAGGCUACGACAUGAAAUAAAAGAUGCAGU